CCGCAAGUACCGCGUCGAUCGGCGACCAGCAGUUCCUAUAACUUACUUCGUCGCGAUAGGAUAGUUGCUGAUUAUUGGCGAACUCGGCGAAAAAUACCACAGCUUUAUCGUGCCGGUGUCAGUGCGAUCUGCACGAAAUAUUUUAUGCCGGGCUUGUUUGCAGAUAGCCAAUGGUAAGCGGCCGAUUAAAAGCGCCCUGCUUGAUAAGGAGAUAGCUAUUUAUCGACAGCGACACCCCGCGAGAGGACUAUUGUCCCGCCGUUCACCAACGUACGCUCACGCGCGUACAUACGAUGCCGUGUUACGUUCUCGUCGACCUCCCGAUCGGACCGUCUUGGUAAACCCUGAAGUGACACCCCACGUGGACGCUUCUCGCGUCGGGACGCGCAGUCGUAUCGCGUGUCCAUCUUGUUAUGCAAUUCGACGGUGAACCUGCUGACGAAAGGAUGGGCAUAAAGGGAUCAAAAAUCAAAGUCGGUUCUCGGGGGAAAAAUGGUGGAUCCAAGGGGACCGAUACACCUGGCAGCCAGGCAAACGUCUACGAGAGCGUGGAGCUGAUGAUGCUGAGGAGAAGCCUCAAGAAGGAUCCCGAGGGUUUCAUUCUGAACAACCUCAUGAUGAGUGUCCAGUUCUUCGAGAAUUACGAGGAAAGUAUUAUCCGGAUUCAAGAGACUCUGGCAUCGUCUUCCGAGGCGAAGCUAAAUAAGAAAUUGCCCCCUCAAAAGCACGUUUUGAUGCCGGACGUUCUUCAGGAAUACGUCUCGCGCAAUGUCGCCUUCACCUCGAUGCGACAGACCUCUCGUCAUACCAUCGAGCCCCUGCACCCCAUCCGCAUUUACGUCGUACACGACAAUAUCGAACUUACGGAGCAGCAUUACCUGCCGGAGUACAGCAGCGUGAACAAUGAGAUCACAUAUAACGUGUUGAUGAAACCGAGCGAACAGCAAGGAUACGUGCGGCUGGAGCUUCUCGACGAGACGCCGUUGCCGAAAAACCCGAAGAAAGAAGAUCACGAUCCUUCAGCGGAGGACGAAGACGAGAUAUACAGCGACGGUGGCAGCAUUUACGUUCCAAAGCCCAGCUCGAAGAUGGUUCUUUCUCAGCAGAUGAAGAAGGGCAAUCUCCAGACCUCCAACGCGCGAUCUUUGCCCAAUCUACACAACGAGACCGUGUACGAGGACCAAGCGUACCACUCGCGCGAGAACCUCUACGAGACUCAGUCCAGUCGGGACAUCAGGCCCGAGUCCGACUACGAGCACGUGUCCCCGGUUCCGGAUCGUAUGAAAAAGAAAGCCUGGUCGAAGGACGAAUUGGCGUCGAAAUCCGGGAGCUAUCACGUCCGACCCGGCAUGACGGAAUCGAAGAAGAACAGUCGUAGUCCGGCGGGCAGCACGACUUCCGGCUACCGGUCCGGCUAUUAUACAGUUGACAGUGACAGUGACAGCAGCUGCCACAUAACGCAAUCCACCAAUGCGAUGCUCAGCCCUAACACGAAUAGCAACGCGGCUUCCACGUGCAACUUUCCGGACGGUUACAGCGAGAAGGCGGUCCCAGACGCGUCGACGGAGAUCUACUCGAUGUCGAACGCGAAGAUACCGCAACGGUGCUUCAAGAAGGUAAUGCACACCAGAGAGGGCAAGAUCUACGAUCCGCGGGAGGAGAAGAAGCAGCUGCAGAACAGCAAGCAGCGCCGCCUCAGGAUGGCCAUGAGGAGGCGCAACUACGAGGUUUCCUACAUCAGCAGCACGGAGUUCAUGAGGCAUUUCGUCAACAUCUUCAAGAACCAACUGGGCCAGCUGCUCGAUUUCGGCCAGGAGGACCUGGACGAGGUGAAGCCCGAGGGCUCGGUCAUCUACUGCGACAAGAUCAUGGUGUCGCACAGCUCCAGACUCUGCAGGAUCGAGUCGUACGAGGUGACGCCGACGAUAUGGCUGCAGUGGCCGGAAUACGCUCAAGAGUGGCUCGAUCGGCCGAGGAGCACGUGGCCGAGCUACGAAGACAUCAGUAAGGUGAAGGACUUCGGCUGCUACGUGGUGCCGGAAGGAUUUCUGCCGAAGAAGGGCAGCAACGCCUAUCACGAUCUCGAAUGGCAGCUGGUGUUUCCAGCCGCGGAGCGAUACCUGGAGACCUGCAUGACGCGCUCGCAGGCUCAGGUCUACCUGAUCGCGCUGAUGCUUCACAAGAGCUUCAUAAUGCCGGUCUUCGAUACCAUGUUCGGCCUGACGACCUCUCACAUUAGAAACAAGAUGUUCUGGUUGAUCGAAGAGGACGAUAGACCCUCCAGGUGGCCCGACAACCAGACCGGCCAAGGUCUGAUGAAGCUGCUGAACAGCCUCUACCGCAGCCUCAGCCAGAACGAGCCGACCUUGCCGGACUAUUUCAUCCGCGACAAGAACGUGUUCCAGAGGGUGCCGUCCGACCACCUGCUGCACACCCAGAAGCAGUUGAAGAGGAUCAUAGAGAACCCGGUAAUGUACGUGUUCCACGCGAUGGAGAACAUCAGGCACAGCGAGAAGUUUUUCCCGAGGCUGGACUACGAGAUGCUGCUGAAGAUACUGACGAUGGACACUCUAACUCUGGUGAAUCCGGCACUCGGCCAGUCCAUGUUUACGUCGUCGUCGUCGCCGAACGACGAGUCUCACCUGGCCAGGGACGAGAUCUACAACAAGCCCGGCGGAUUUUGGGACAACGCGAAACUGCAGACCGAGAAGAAGAUCUACGCGCGGGUGGUCACGAACAGGACGUUGAUCAACCCGCGCAGAGCGACGGACUCCAUCAUCGAGAUCUCGGUGCGCUGCGCAAACCUGGAGGGUCCAAGGCUAGGCGCGUUGUUGGACUUUUUCGUCAGACACUUCAUAAAAAUGGCCGCAUGUUGUCAUCAGUAUCAGGCUUAUCAACAGAAAAAAGUUUAUCUCGAUCAGGCGGAUUGGCUCUCGAUCAUAUUGUCGGAUCAGAGCAGAUACAAGGAGGACGCCAGGGCUUAUCGUGACAAGAUCAACGCUUUGAGAGCGAGAACCGCGAGUUCACGGCCGCAGGCGAACGAGCGCCCGGAGACGCCUAAGAGGAACGGCGAGGCACCAUUGUUCGUCGGCACCUUGAAGGAUCGUUUCAUACGAGAGACCACCGAAGUCACGAUAGAGUCGGGGGAAGAGCAACCGCAAUCUAGUCGCGAGGAUCGUAGGGACAAGGUCGGCAAAACGGUGAACAAAUCGGUCUUCUACGAGGUGCGAUUUGAGGCCGACGAGGAUCAAGAGCAGCAGCAGGCGAAGCCUACGAAACCGAGCGAGGUCAAAAGAAAUGAAAUUAUCUCCAUAUUGAAGAACUCUAAGUCAAGGGAGCAAAAUGACGAGUCCGCUUCCGGCACAAGCCAGAAAGUGGUUUCCUUAGCGGAUAAUAAAAAUGAAUCGUUUCUGACGGAAACGACGUAUAUAUAGCGUUUGCCGAGAGUUGGACGUAGAUGAUCUGUCAACGGGGACGAACAAUCUUUCUCCUUGAUGCGCACAUAACAAAACUAGGAACAAAUUUGAGAUAAUUUAAGUGGUAUUCAUUGUUAUAUUUCGAGAAGGAGUGAUAAUGAAUUUAAGUAGAAGACUGAGCGCGCUUAUCGC